AACUCGAGGCGCGCCUCUUUUGGCCGGAGGAGAGCGUCGGACGACGACGUGGUGCACCGUGUGCACGCAGGCCUUCCCACGCCCGCGAUACUGUGUAAGAACUUACGAGGGGCACUAGUGCAAAUUUCCGAUAAAUUUAGGGAGGCGAGCGCCAUUCGGUUUUGAUUAGCGGGAGCGCACAACACUGCCCUCGCUCCUUCCGUCUUCGGACGCUGCUCCCUCGGCAGCCACGGCCGCUGCCUCGUCGUCGAGGUAUUUGAUAUCUAUCUUUCUCGCCUAAGUUGUAAAAAUCUCGACUCAGCUGCUUCGCCGUUCUCGGAGAGGACGAGAUCGGCAUCCACGGCGGUGGGGAGUGGGGGAUAAGACAUCAGAAAUCAGAAAUCAGAAACCAAAAGAAAGAAAGAAAAAAAUGUCGGUACAGGAGUAUCUGGACAGGCACAUGCUCUCCCGCAAGAUCGAGGAUGCCGUCAACGCCGCCGUCCGAGCCAAAACCCCCGAUCCCGUCCUCUUCAUCUCGAAUCAUAUGAAGAAGGCGGUUCCAGCAGUGAUCACGAAGAUCAGAGCGAGGCAGAUCUUGGACAGCAGAGGGAUUCCCACCGUGGAGGUUGAUCUCCACACCAACAAGGGCAUGUACCGCGCUUCCGCUCCCAGCGGCGCAUCGACCGGCAUGUAUGAAGCUGUUGAGUUGCGUGAUGGUGAUAAAGGAAAAUAUCUUGGAAAAGGUGUCUCUAAGGCUGUGAACAUUAUAAAUGACAAGAUCUCUGAAGCUUUGAUGGGCAUGGAUCCUCAACUCCAAUCCCAGAUUGACCAGGCCAUGAUAGACUUGGAUAAGACAGAUAACAAGGCCGAGCUUGGAGCAAAUGCUAUGUUAGCUGUGUCGAUUGCUGCUUGUAAAGCUGGUGCUGCUGAAAAGGAGGCUCCUCUGUAUAAACAUAUUUCAGAUCUUUCAGGUAAAAGCAGUACAACCCUUCCUGUUCCGGCAAUUACUGUCAUUAGUGGUGGAAAACACGCCGGCAAUAAUUUGGCUGUCCAAGAAAUUAUGAUUCUUCCAGUUGGUGCAAGUAACUUCGAGGAAGCAAUGCAGAUGGGUUCUGAGACCUAUCAUCACCUAAAGGCUAUUAUCUCUGAGAAGUAUGGUCCAAGUGGGUGCAAUGUAGGUGAUGAUGGUGGAUUUGCUCCUAAUAUCUCUGGCAUUUCUGAAGGCUUGGAUCUUGUCAUAGAGGCAAUUGACAGAGCAGGAUAUAAUGGAAGGAUCAAGUUGGCAAUUGAUGUUGCCGCCACUGAUUUUUGCAUAGGAAAGAAAUAUGAUUUGGACUUCAAAUCACCAAAUAAAGUAGGGCAGAAUUUCAAGACAGGAGAAGAUAUGAUUGAGAUGUACUCCCAACUCUGUACUGAAUAUCCAGUUGUGUCAAUCGAGCAGCCAUUUGACAAAGAUGACUGGGAGCAUACAAAAUUAUUCACUGCCCUUGGUUUAUGUCAGGUUGUCGGAGAUGACCUCUUAAUGUCAAAUCCUAAACGCAUAGAACGGGCAAUAAAUGAGUACACUUGCAACGCCCUUCUUCUUAAGGUAAAUCAAGUUGGAACUGUGACCGAGGCCAUAGAAGUAGUGAAGCAGGCGAAGGAUGCUAACUGGGGAGUGAUGGUGUCACACAGAUGUGGAGAGACUGAUGAUUCCUUCAUUGCUGAUUUAGCAGUUGGCCUUGGUGCUGGUCAAAUGAAAUCUGGUGCCCCUUGUCGCGGAGAGCGCCUUGCAAAGUACAAUCAGUUACUAAGAAUAGAGGAAGAGCUUGGAAGUGAAGCUGUCUACGCUGGAGAGAACUGGAGGAGUCCAUGAGCCUACUGCAAUUUUUUUUUCUUUUAUCAAUUCCAUAGGUUUUUCCUUGUGUUUCAUUAUUUUUCAGGAAGUUUAUCUUUCAUGUGAGAGUUCAUCAGGAGUUCCUCUGUUUUGAUCCAUUUUAAGUUGAAAAUUUUGUAAGCAACUGUUAUCGAGAACACUCUGAUAGGUAAUGUUGCAAUUGGAACUAAAUUUCGUACAAUAGCUUCCAAGUGGGAGGAUCUCCCACUUGGCUUACUCAGGGUGCUUGGUCCCCUGUAGCCUGGUUAUGGUUCAUAUGAUGGAUCAGUCAAAAUCCACAUAAUUGUAAACAGCAACUCUGGUAACUGUUAUAAUGCUGUUUGUUUUACCCGACCUUGAACCA